UCUUCAAAUCUGCAUAUUCCCUUUUGUGUAUGGAUUUAAUAUGUCGGCUAAUUUCUUUAACAUGAUCUGUUGGAAUUAGACAAUGCCUUUUCAUUUCACCUUUUGGAUGUUGUCGGUGGCACCUCAUUUUUUUUUUCUUCUUUCUUUGUUGGAAUUCUUCUUCUUCUGAUGUAUUUAUUUUCUAUUACUUUUCCUCUGCUGAUGAUGUCCUGUGUUGGUUUGGUUGCUAGUUACAUGAUUUAGAUUUGUGUUUCUCAUUUACUUCAGUUUGUUUCACUGCUGUAAACUUCAUGAAGUUGACAGUAUUGAUGGAAGAUAUGCAAGUAGUUUUAUCUCAAGUGCAAUGCUAGAUUCAGUUUGCUUGCCAUGUCUUGGUGAUGACUGAUGGCGUGAUUCCACCAGAUAUAAUUAAUAAAGUUCUGGGAAUAUUGCAUAUAUUUCUGAAGAUCUAGUUAUAGUGUUCUGUCUUUUUUUUUGGAAUUAUUUCAUUUUGAGCUUUUGAAAGGGAAAAAUUAUCUAGGGAUCAGUAAUUUGCAUCUUAUUAGAAUAAUGUAUUCAAACUUUGGCGUGCUAGGUUUUCUGGGAGGCUAUGGCGAUUUAUUUGAAUAUUGAAUUCAAAUAAAUGUAGUAGAAAGAAAAACUAAAAAAAAAAAAAAGACGAAGUAGUGCUUAGGAUAAAUGGCGAUUAUGUGGUGUUAUGCAUAUAAGAGGACUUGGAGUCUUAUCUGUGGAAAAUCUUUUAGCUUAAUUUCAAAUUAUAAAUUUAGGUUCUAGCUCAUCAUAUCAUAUUUUUCAAUAUCAAUGCCAAGACGUUUUUGCUUUGGCUCUAAGAUUGGCAUUUAUUUUCUGACAGAGUUGGCAUUUGGUAUAGUGUUUACAAUUUUCGUACUACUGCUAAAUUUUUGGAGCUUCUGCGGUGCUGACAGAACUUAUUUUGGUGACCCUUUUGUUUGGAUCAGAAGUCCUUUAAGGUUCAUGGAUCAAGGAUAUCAGCUUUUGUGCCUUGCGAAAGCAAGGAGAUUGCUUUUUCUAGUGGGAGCAACAGUUGCUAUAGUUAUAGUGGUUCAAUAUCUUGAAUUUCCAUCUAGUAGAGUUUUAGUCUCUCUUUUCUCUGCCGUCAACACUAGAAGCUUCAUGUCCAGAAAUUCAUCGACAGGUUCGGAAGCGCUAGGUAACAUGACACUUUCAAAUGGUUUAAACACAACUAACACAGGUAUACUUCAUGAGACAACAGAUAGUGAUGAAGCCUCAGAUGACAAGAAAGAAACAGCCGAAGUUAGCAAAUCAGAAGAAAAGGAAGGAAGUCCAAACAAUAGUAAUGGAUCGGAAAGGAAAAGAGGCUCAAGUGAGAGUUUUGGGUUAGUUUCAAAUGAAACUACAUCAGAUGAUCUGGCAAACCAAGACAAAAAUUCCACAUUAAAUACAAUUAAUGGCUCAGAAGAAGAGAAGGCUAUGGCACCUGAUGCUUCCUAUAUAAAUGUUGAUAAAGACAUUGCUCCAAUAUCAGGAAGAAACAGAAGCUCGGAUGCUGACCCUGGAUACCCUUCAUCUGCACCACCAAUGAUGAAUACAUUCUCUAAUAAAACAUUUUCAACUGAUAAAAAUUCGAGUCCCAUGAUUUUUGAGAGUUCAAACACCUCUUCAAUGAGAAAAGAUACAGCAGGAGCACUUAAAAGAGAUGAGAAUUCUGGAUUAUUGCCAAAUAAUUAUUCCAUGUCUACAAGUGGUUCUUUAUCAUCCAAAGUUACAGCAGCGAAGAGGAAAACAUCCAAGAAACCACCAUCCAGAGUAAUCUCAAUACAUCAGAUGAAUGAAUUGCUUCGACAGAGUCAUGCUUCAUCCUCUUCAGUGAGACCACUGUGGCCUUCAGGAGUUGACCAGGAAAUGCUAUUUGCAAAAUCACAGAUUGAGAAUGCACCCUUAAUAAAGAAUGAAACUAGACUUUAUGCACCUAUAUAUCGCAAUGUUUCCAUGUUUAGGAGGAGUUAUGAACUAAUGGAGAAGAUGCUCAGAGUUUAUGUCUACCAGGAUGGUGAAAAACCCAUCUUCCAUCAGCCAAUACUUGAUGGAAUAUAUGCGUCAGAAGGAUGGUUUAUGAAGCAUAUGGAAGCUAAUGAAAAUUUUGUUACUAAAGACCCUGGAAAAGCUCAUUUAUUUUACCUUCCUUUCAGCUCACGACUUCUUGAGUUAACACUUUACGUACGACACUCACACAGUCGUACAAACCUUAUCGAAUACAUGAGAAAUUAUGCAGGUAUGAUAGCAGCAAAAUAUCAUUUCUGGAACAGAACUGGUGGAGCAGAUCAUUUUGUUGCCGCGUGCCAUGAUUGGGCACCUGCUGAAACUAGGGGGCCUUUGCUCAAUUGCAUCAGAGCCCUCUGUAAUGCUGAUAUUGAAGUAGGCUUCAGCAUUGGGAAAGAUGUGUCCCUUCCAGAAACAUAUGUACGCUCAGCUCAGAAUCCUCUCAAAAAUUUGGAAGGCAACCCCCCCUCCCAAAGACCUAUCCUUGCUUUCUUUGCAGGUAACAUGCAUGGCUAUGUGAGGCCAGUUCUUUUGGAUUACUGGGGCAACAAAGAUCCUGAUAUGAAAAUAUUUGGUCCUAUGCCUCAUGUCAAGGGUAAUACAAACUACAUUCAACACAUGAAGAGCAGCAAGUUCUGCAUUUGUCCGAGAGGUCACGAAGUGAACAGCCCACGAAUCGUGGAGGCUAUAUUCCUCGAGUGUGUUCCAGUAAUAAUAUCUGACAACUUCGUGCCUCCAUUUUUCGAGGUUUUAGAUUGGGAAUCCUUUGCUGUGAUAGUCUUGGAGAAAGAUAUCCCAAAUUUGAAGAAUAUACUCGUUUCAAUAUCAGAAGAGAAGUAUAUAGAGAUGCACAAGAGAGUGAAGAAGGUACAGCAGCAUUUUCUUUGGCAUUCUAAGCCUGAGAAGUAUGAUUUAUUUCAUAUGACUCUCCACUCAGUUUGGUACAAUAGAAUUUUUCGAAUAAGACCUGCUUAAGUCUUGCAUGGUAAUUAAAUAACCUGGAAUGGUUUCUCUA